AUGAUGCCCUACAACACCCCUCCAAAUAUCCAAGAACCUAUGAACUUCGCAAGCAGCAACCCCUUUGGUAUUAUUCCAGAUGCGCUCAGUUUCCAGAAUUUCAAAUAUGAUCGUCUUCAGCAGCAGCAACAGCAGCAGCAACAGCAGCAACAAAAUCGCACUGCGUCAUCGUUACAGCAGCCGCAACAGCAACAACCAAUAAGCCCGCCUUUGUUUUUAGUAGGGGCCGGUACCAGCGAAAACUCAAACCUUAACAAGAAUGCCAACACUAGUACUAUCCCUCCUUUACUCUUUAGCAGAUCGUCUCAGCAUUAUGUUGUCCCAGAUAUAGACCACUCCUCCAUAAUAUACAAGAACAACAUCUGCAAAUCUUUCAAAGAUGACUUAUUUUUCUGUCCAAGAUCUUUACUUUCUCUCGAAGAACAACAAGCAUGCGAGAAAAUGGAUAGGCUGACCGCUGAACAAAUGUCAUUGUAUCAUCAGAACACGCAAUCCAGUUCUAAUCCUGGUUCUAUGUCUUCUUCACCUCCAAAUUCUGCUUCUUCUAUAUUCAACUCUAGGCCGAAGUUCAAUCCUUAUACAUCUCAAAGUUUUAAUCCUUUGGAAAGUGUUCAAGAAUGA